CCCAGCGACAAAGGACAAGGCUCGCGUGUGUUCGUACCUGUUGUGCCUUUAACUUUUCAUCACACACAUUAAAAGUCAUCUCAUCGCGAGUCGCAUUUAGGUAGCAAAUCGUUCGUUUUCAGACGACAAAAUUUUAAGUACUUUCUUUGUUUACGAUUCUAUGACUAGAAGCUCUUAUAGCAUGGGAAAUAAUAUUGAUAUCUAAUAUGUGAUCAGCAACUUAUGUCUUGAACAAUAACAGAAAAAGAGAGACAUAAAAAAGUUUUCAAAGGGAAAUGCAAAACACCAAGACAAAAUGAAUUAUCGUAACAGCAAGCGCGAGCAAAGCAGCAGUAGCAGGGACGAUUCCCUUAUUUUUGAGUCAAGUGGUGAUGAAAGUGAUAGUCCAUACAGCAAAGGCAAUAGUACUGCUGCACGGACUGGAGUGAUUAAUGAAUCAGAUUCAAGCAGUGAGGAUUCUGAAAGGCAUGAUCCAGGUAGCGAUCAAUCUAUUGAUUCAGAAGAGGAGGAUAUUCAGUUCAUGAACACGAGUCAUAGAGUAUCUAUAGUAGAAAGUUCUUCAGAAUCAGAUAGUGAUAAUGAUGAUUUGUACAAGCAAGAAAACAAACAAAGUAAAAACCUAAAGAGGCGUUCUAUUUAUGAUAAUCCUAUUUCUGUCGAUACACCAAACAGUAUUAGUACUCCAAUACAUAGUAGUCAGUUACGUAAAAAAACUAGAAGAGUAAUGUACAGUGAUUCUGAAUCAGACAAAGAAAAUUUUUCAGGUAAUCAAGAAAAGAGGAAAAAUGCAAUUAUGGAUGAAGGAUCAGAAGAUGAUAUUGAAGAAAUGAAUAGUGAAUCAGAAAAUCCACGAGAACAAAUUAAUGUAUUGAAUGAAAGUUCAAUAAACAUUAGUAACCAAUCAUCUAAUUAUCAAGAUUCAAGUAAAGGUUCCAAUAAUGUCAACAAGAAAAAGCAUAGAAGUUCGGAACAUUUGGAUUUGAUUUCUGAUGAUUCUUAUAAUGAAUUAGGAAAUUUAAAACCAACUUCAUCUAAUGAUAAAAACACGUCUGAAACUGAAAAUGUUGCUGUGGAUAGGAAUUCUAUUUCAGAAAGAAAAUCAACUUCUAAAAAUGAAAGUUCAUAUGAAUUAGAAUCAGAUGAUGCAGAGCAGUCUUUUGAGAAUGUCGCAAACAAAUCUGAGGGUAAAUUCAUACCUCAGAGAAAUAGACCUUUUUUGACAGAAAAGAAAAGUGCUAGCAAUGUCAUUGAUCUUACAAUGAAUGAAUCAAUACAUGAACAUUCAAUGAAUGACAAAGUAAAAGUUUCUAAGAAAGAGCAAAAAAUUGAAGAAGGUGGCGUUAUUAUUUGUAGCUCAACUAGUACAUCAGAAAAUGAAAUGGAUAAUGAAGUUAUUACCCUAGCAAAAAAAGAGAUUGGAGUGGGAAACAUUGAUCCUAUUGAAGCUCAGAAAAAAGAAUUUAUACUUCUUAAUAUCGAGCAUUCUCAGAAGCAACUUGAUAAACUUCAUAAAUUUGCCACGUCUGUUGAUAUUAAUAGAUUACCAGAUAAGGGCGCAAAAGUGCAUAAAUCAAUGGAAGAAUUAGAAACGAAAAUUGCGUCUUUUAAAGAAAAACUGGCGAAGUAUUCGCGAAAAACGAAUACGCCGGCAAGGCUCAGUUCGUUGAAAGUGAAGGAAGAAUCUAAAUCUAAAGUAAAACCACUUGUGGAGAAAAAUCUUAUAAGUCCUUUGAGUGAAGAUAAAAUGGAUGUAAAAAAGAAAAUUGAAAACAGCCAUGUAAAGAGAGAAUUAUAUGCAAAUAACGAUCCAGCUUUCUCAGAACAAUUUGAUAAUUUUGAUGUACAUGAAAUACCAAAAGUACCACAAACAACUUUUAAAACAGAUGACCUAGGUAAAAAAGCAUUAGAAACCCUCAACAAGCAACAAAGUUUAACAUCCAAAAGACUUGAACAGUUACAUGGUUCUUUAACUUUACGUCCGGCUGAAGAUCAGAGAGAAAAGGAUCCAGCUGGUUUGAAAGUUCCUCUUAUGGAUCAUCAGCAACAUGCAUUAGCAUGGAUGAAGUGGAGAGAAAAGCAAAAACCUAAAGGAGGAAUCCUAGCUGAUGAUAUGGGUUUAGGUAAGACUUUGACAAUGAUAUCUUUAGUUCUGGCAACUGUGAAUGAUGAAAAACAGAAUGACAGUGAUGAUAGCAGCAGCAGUAGUAGUGAUGAUGGAUGGAUGUCUAAAAAUAAGCACAAGCGAUAUUAUGGAGGUACUUUAGUUGUAUGCCCAGCUUCAUUGAUUAAACAAUGGGAAGCCGAAGUCAAGAACCGAUGUAAACGCGGAUUGCUCUCAGUUCUUGUUUUUCAUGGAAAUAAUAGGGCUAUGGAUGAUAGAAAAUUAUCUAAAUAUAAUAUAGUUGUUACAACAUACCAAAUUAUUGUUAGAGAAGCAGGUGCAGAAAGCGGAAUGUACCGCAUGGAGUGGAAUAGAAUAAUUCUUGAUGAAGCUCAUUAUAUUAGAAAUCAUAAAAGUAAAGCUUGCAUUGCUGUGUGUGGUUUAACUGCAAAACACAGAUGGGCCUUAACAGGAACGCCAAUCCAAAACAAAGAAAUGGAUUUGUAUGCUAUUCUUAAAUUCUUGAAAUGUUCUCCAUUCGAUGAUCUUCAAGUUUGGAAACGUUGGGUAGAUAACAAAAACGACGCUGGUAAACAAAGGUUGAUAACAAUUAUGAAAGGUUUAAUGCUUCGUCGUACUAAGCAAGAGUUGCAGGCGAAAGGUUCUCUAGAUUCGUUACCAGAUAAGUCUAUAGAGCUUAUAGAAAUUGAAAUGGAUCGUGACGAAACUUUGGCUUAUCAAAAAAUCUUGUUGUUUUCUCAAAAUUUGUUUGCUCAGUUUUUGGCUCAACGUGCUGAAAAACAGCAUGUUAGAGAAUUAUAUGGUGGUAAAUUCGAUAAGCCCUCUUAUUCAUCUUACGGAUCUAAAACGCAAUUUACAAAAGCUCAAAAAGUUUUAUUAGAACAUCAUUCCAGUAUUGAAGCUCAUGAAAUUUUGGUUUUGUUGUUGCGGUUACGACAAAUGUGUUGCCAUCCAGCGUUGAUACAUGCAAUGCUAGAUCAACAAGAUGCCGAAGUAAAUGGACUAGACGAAGAUAUUGACCCAAACACUGAACUUUUGAAUAAAUUGCAGAAUAUGUCGAUAAAUCAAGAAGACGAGGAGGUCGAAGAUUAUGUUGCUGAUUACAAGAUCGAUAAUAGAGUAGCUGCUAAUCUUUUAACGAAGAAAAACCCAGUUUUUGAUGAUGAACGACGUAGUUCAAAAGUGCGCGCUAUCGUUAAGACUAUCGAAGAAAUUUUAGAGAAAGGAGAUAAAAUAAUUGUAGUUUCACAAUGGACUAGCUUUUUGGGAAUAGUGGCUAAGAAUUUAGACGAUAUUGAAGACGCAAAAUAUGCAAUGUUUACAGGAAACGUUGCUGUGAAAAAUCGACAGGCGAUCGUAGACAAAUUCAAUGAUCCAAAUGAAGAUACAAAUAUUCUUCUUUUAUCUUUGACUGCUGGUGGUGUUGGUUUAAAUUUAGUUGGAGCUAAUCAUUUACUUCUUAUUGACAUUCAUUGGAAUCCUCAACUUGAAUCUCAAGCUCAAGAUCGUAUAUACAGAUUUGGACAAAAAAAGAACGUUUACGUCUAUAAAUUUAUUUGCAAAGACACUAUUGAGGAAAGGGUAAAAAAUUUGCAAGACAAAAAACUUGAAAUAGCCAAUCAUGUAUUAACUGGAUCCAGAGCAGUGUCAUCCAAAUUAACUAUUGACGAUCUUAAAUUAUUAUUUUCUUAAUAAGUAAAUUUUAACUCGAAUUUUUUAUAAGCGUUUUUAUAGAGAUGACUUAAAUAAUCUAGAAAGAUAAUAUGUAUAAAAAAGUAUAAGGAGAAUUUGUUUAAGUGUGCAAUGAAUGCAUUUAUGAAAAAAUUGUUUUAUUUAUAGAAUGUAAAAAUAAAUUAUAUUUAAAUAUUUAUGUUAAUUUAGGUACAUCGCCGUUUUUCCAGUCAUUCUGAUUGACAUUUUUUGCCGAAUUUCGUGUUGUUCUUAUUGUACUGUUCCAUACGCCGUAAAAGAAAUAUAUGCCUAAACCUGUAAUAAUUAUAAUUAUGAUGAUUCAAAAGAUGUCGAUCAUAAAAUAAAA